GCUGUGCUUACACUGAGCUGGCCUUUGCUUUUCCCUGCCGAGUACCAAUGUUUUCACAUCUUAUUUUCAAUGGUGUUCUGCUGCUGUCGCGACUGCUACUUGCAAGGUCUUUGGAAAAUGCAUUUAUAGUCGAGGUCGGUAAGAAUGCGUAUCUGCCCUGCGACUACACUCUACCUGCCCAUGGGACACCUGUGCCUGUGUGCUGGGGCAAGGGACCAUGUCCUUGGUCACAGUGUGACAACUGGGUGCUUAGCACUGAUGAAAGAAAUGUGAUACAUCAGAAAUCCAGAAGAUACCAGCUAAAGGGGAAUUUCCUCAAAGGAGAUGUGUCCCUGACCAUAGAGAAUGUGACUCUAGCUGACCGUGGGACCUACUGCUGCCGCGUGCAAUUCCCUGGUCUAGGGAAUGAUAAAAAAUUAGACCUGAAAUUAGACAUCAGUCCAGCCAAGAUCACCCCGGUUGUCCCUGCUCGUGGAUACCCUACUCCAACUUCUCCAAGAACCCUAACCACCAAGGGAGAUGGCUCAGAGACACAGACUCUGGGGACCCUCCAGGAUAAAAGCCAAACACAAAUUUCAACAUGGACCGAUGAAGUGAAGGACUCUGGAGAAACCAUCAGAACGGCUGUCUAUAUUGGAGUAGGAGUCUCUGCUGGGCUGGCCCUGGCACUCAUCCUUGGUGUUUUAUUCCUUAAAUGGUAUUCUUAUAAGAAAAAGAAGCUACAGAAUUCAAGCCUCAUCACACUGGCCAACCUCCCUCCAGUGGGGCUAACGAAUGCAGGAGCAGGCAGAAACCGGUCAGAGGAAAACGUCUAUACCAUCGAGGAGAACAUCUACGAAAUAGAGAACGCCAAUGAGUACUAUUGCUACGUCACCAACGGGCAGCCAUCUUGACCACCCUGGGCUCUUGCCUUUUAAGGCUCCCCUUCAUUUUUGACUUUGCGGUUUUCCUUUUUUGAACACUAUGAGCUAUAUCACCUGAAAAGUUUGGGAGGUUUUGUCCAUCAAGAAAAGUGUUCCUGUUUUCUAGGAAUAAUUAGCUCAUAAGGGGAUUCAACUGUAACCUAUGCUAUACUGAAAUGCAUCGUUACCUCUGACUUCCCGGGAUAGGAUCUUCCCCCCAACCCAGAGAGCGCUAAUCAUGGAUGUUGAAGCUUACAUGUGCCUUCACACAUUAGGAAUGCUUAGUCUGAUAUCUCUGGAGUACCUGGACAUUCAGGAUUGUGGUGUGUCCACAAAGCUUUUCAACAGGUACGGGGAAUAUUAGGCUAAGGGAGAUAGGUGCAGGUGUGUGUGGAUGCAGGAAAUCUAAAGUGGCCACUGAUUUUUCUAGAGAUUUUGGACCUUGAAUAAUUAAGAAAGAGUCAGGUGGCACAUGCCUAUAAUUACGUAACUUACGAGGCUGAUGAAGGAGGAUCGUGAGUUCAAGGCCACCCUGGGCUAUGAUGAUGAGACUUUGCUUUAAAAACAAAAGAGAAAAAAAAGCAAUCAAGCAAGCACACAGGGAGGCUGGAAAGAUGGUUCAGACAGUGAAGCGCUUGUUGUGCAAGCAUGAGGAGCCGGAGUCUGAUCCCAGAACCCACACAGAAAAGCUAGGCGUGCUAAUGCAUGCAUGUAAACUCAGAGAUGGGGAAGUGGCGACAGAGCAGGUCCCUGUGGCUUGGUCGCCAGGCAGCUUAACCUAGUUGGAGAGUUCCAAGUCACUGAGAGUCCCUGUCUCAAAAUAAGGUGGACAAUGUUCCUGAGGAAAGACAAUGGAGGUUGCCCUCUGGUCUCCACACACAUAUGCGGUCACGCAUGAGAUAAAUAAAGAAAGGAAGGAUGAGGACAGGAUGAGACAGUAGUGAAGGUUCUCUCUGGACCUUCUACCUGGAUGCAAUGUGUAUCUCUACAUGACCGGCCCCUUCUCAGUCCUAACAGCUUCUGAGUGGGAGCAUGGUGGUGCAGACCUGUCAUUAAUUCCAGCCCUUAGAAGGCAGGAGCAUGGAGAGUUUGUGAGCUACGGAGCCAGACCGCCCCUUCACAAAAAGAAGAGGUUCCUCAGGGGCCUGCUGACUAUAAAAAGAAACUCUCCUUUCUGAAGUCCGACCUUGCCUGUUGUGGGCUCAGAGGGAAGCGCCUCUGACAACUUCUCCAUUCCCGGAGGAAGCCGGAACUGUGUCUCUCACAGAAGAAGAACCGGUGACUGGGAUGUUCAUGCUGUUUCCUGAUUGAAAGAAGGCAGAGUCCUGGCAGCCGUCUGUGUCGUCAGCCUCAGAUCUUCCACUACAAGGACAGUGGUCACAAAACCAAAUUUCUAAGCUGGAGGAGAUCAAUUUUGUCUGGCUUACGACUGUUCAAUGCCUUGGUUUGUGUUGGUUCCCAUAUGUAACAGAACCUAAUGAAACAGUCCAGAGUUAAAAAAUUAAAUGAGCAGAAAGAUAGCUUUGUCAAAAGACUUUUGCACUGGGGAGCUACUGUGGAGAUCAGAAGACACUUGUCAAUGGGGACACAGGUAUCUGGCUGUUUGUUGUACAAGUUUUUCUUGUAUGGAUUUUGUUGUUUAGGCUGCAUCUAGCUAGUUACGGGAGGUACUGGCUUUCUUACGAGUGUAUGGAAGGGGGGCCUGCUGACAAAAUUCAGUUAGAGGUAGCGGCUCUUAUGCAGGCCAGGAAAGUGCAGCAGAUGUUUUCAAGUUAUAAACUGCACUGGGGAGGGUUUUGAGCACAUUUAAACCAACCCAGUGGUUUCCUCCAUCAGCGUUCUUAUUGGGCAAAGUCUUUAAGCAAGGGCAUGGAUACAAAGAUGAUUCUGUGCUGGUGUCUGCAGGGGACUUUUGACAUCAAUAGGGGAAUGGUUGAUUACAUGGUGUGACAGUUUAUAUCUUUUGCUAACUUGACAGGAUCUAAACAUCACCUUGGAGAUGACUCUCUGGCCAAGUCUGUGAGGCAUUUAAGGUAGUUGAGGUGGGUGGAGUCAUUCCACCGGCUGGUGUCUUGAACUGCAUGAAAAGAGAAAGCAAGCUUAGCACCAGCAUCCAUCUCUUUCUGCUUCCUGCUUAUGCCAUGUCACCAGUGCACUCUUGUUCCUCCUAGCAUGGCUCCCCACCGUGAUGGACCAUGUCCUCUUGACUGACAAGUCAAAAUGAACUCUUCCCUUUUAAAGAGGCUUUGGUCAGGUAUUUCGUCACAGCAACUGGAAAGCUAACUAAUACACAUGGUAUGGAUAUGGUUUUAAAAAGAACCAGGUAGCUUUGCUUAGAGCUCAUGCUCUUCCUUUCUUUCUUUCUUUCUUUCUUUCUUUCUUUCUUUCUUUCUUUCUUUCUUUCUUUCUUUCUUUCUUCCUUCCUUCCUUCCUUCCUUC